AUGAGUUUAGUGACAAUUUGUUAUCGUUUUGUUUUGGCAAACGUAAUUACUUUAGUGACUGCCGUGUUCGGUUGUUUGCAUAUAAUAUUCAACAUCCUGAAAAACCCCUUUAAGAACCCAUGGCCGACAAGACUUAAAUUGGAACCACCAGUAGUCCUCUCUGAUCCAAAGUAUGGAGUACAUAAAUAUAUUAAAGCAAAUUCUGUAAAAUUGCACUACGUAGAAAGCGGUGAUCCAUCAAAACCGUUGAUGCUGUUUAUACACGGUUUUCCCGAGUUUUGGUAUGCAUGGCGUCAUCAAAUUGUUGAAUUUAAUAAGGAAUAUCGAUGUGUAGCUGUUGACAUGAGGGGUUAUGGAGACUCUGAAAGACCUGAAGGCGUUCAACAUUACAAGAUUCAACUUUUGGUGGAUGAUAUAAAAGAUCUAAUUCAUCAAUUAGGUUAUGAGAAGUGUAUCCUUGUUUCACACGACUGGGGCGGUGUGAUUGCUUGUAAACUACGUGAUACAUAUCCCGAUGUACUGCAUGCUCUCGUUGUAUUGUCAAGUGCUUCUCCAAAUGUUUGGUGUCGUCAAAUAUGGUCUACGAGUGAACAAAGAAUAAAAUCUUGGUACACAUUUUUUUUCCGAUUUCCAAAAUUACCAGAGUUGAUGUUACAGAUGAAUGAUUUAGAAUUUUUAGAAAUUGCCCUUGAAAAAAAUGCCGGCAAAGUUAGUGAUGAAGACAUUGAGUGCUAUAAAUAUUGGUUUGGUAAACAAACUGGCUUAACACCACCGGUGAAUUAUUAUCGUGCAAACUUUAUGUAUUCGUGGACAGAACAAAAACAUGAUGAAAAUAUUCCAUUCUUAUUUGCGCAUGGCGAAAAUGAGAAAUACUUAAGCCGUUCUAUUUUGGAUGUAAUGAAGGAAGAAUAUGUUAAUAUUGAAACUGUAAUUCUUGAAGAUGAUACGUUACUUGUGUCACUAUAUUGUGUGGAAUUCAGGAUGUCACUGACCAUACAACAAAUCAUUUUGGAUGCUAAAAGAUUAGCUGGUCGUCUCAAAGAACGUGAGACAGAAGCAGAUGCAUUAUUGACAGAAACUCAAACAGCUUACCGACAAAUUUACACUAUUAAACAGUACAAAGAAGAGGUGGAUACACUUAAUGAAGCAUCUCGAGAGAGACCAAGGGGGGAACUUAUAGCAAGCAUGGAGCGAGAAUCUCGUUUAAUGAGGGAUGUUCAGAGAGAAAAUGGAGAGCUUAGGGCUGCUUUGGAAGAUCACAGACAAGCACUGGAGUUCAUCAUGUCGAAAUACCGACAACAUACUGAAAAGAGAGUAUGGGAGUCACGGAUAGAUUUUACUGCAGCCAUCAAUGAAAAGCAACAAGAGUUGAUUCGCCAACAGGCAGAAAGGAUUAAUGAAAUGACAAGCAUAAUGUACAAAGCAGUCAAUAUGGAUGAAAAUGGGGAAACCAGGAAAGAGGAAGAACUUUACCAAAGGCUUAUUACUGAAAAUAAGGGUCUCAGGGAGAUGUUGAAUCUGUCAAGGAGGUAUGGCUCGGACAAGUCGUACGGGCCCCCGAUGGAGGACAAGGAUGUGCAGACGGACGGGCCGCCUCUGUCAGGCGCG